UGAAAAUCAAGUUGAAUGCUUGAUCACGUGAUUCUCAAAAUGGCGAGCGGCAGUUGUUGUCUCGUGAAAAUCGGUCCAUCAAUUUUAAAUUCGGAUUUAUCCAACUUAGCUUCCGAAUGUCAGCGCAUGAUGGACGCCGGUGCAGAUUAUUUACACCUGGAUGUGAUGGAUGGACAUUUUGUCCCCAAUCUUACGUUUGGGCAUCCAGUCGUAAAGUGUUUGAGACCAAAACUGCCCGAUGUUUUCUUCGACAUGCAUAUGAUGGUUGCCAAACCUGAACAGUGGAUAGAGGAAAUGCAGGCAGCCGGAGCUAGUCAGUACACCUUUCACUACGAGGCAACAGAAGACCCAAAAACUUGCAUCCGAAAAAUAAAGGAGGCUGGAAUGAAGGCUGGUAUAGGUAUUAAACCAAAGACUCCAGUGGAAGUUUUGGACCCAUUUAUUGACCUGGUGGACAUGGUGCUCAUAAUGACAGUGGAACCAGGAUUUGGGGGUCAAAAAUUCAUGGGAGACAUGAUGCCAAAGAUUGCGUACCUAAGAGAGCACUUUGGUCAAAUUGACAUUGAAGUAGAUGGAGGUGUGGGUCCAGCUACCAUACAACAGUGUGCAGAUGCAGGUGCCAACAUGAUAGUGUCUGGCAGUGCUUUGAUCAACAGUGAGAACCCCCGGGAGACGAUCAGGUACAUGAGGACCGUAGUGGAGGAGGCGAUACAGAGGUCCCAGCUCGAGAGAUAGCACGAACUUGAAUCUGGAAUAGACACUUGCUUGAAUUAUUAUCUGAAGUGUUGCUUACUUGAACAAUUCAGGGAAAACCAGGAGGAAUAACUGUUGCUCAAGUCGACAAGAUCAUGAUUUACUUUAACCCAUUUAACAGUGCCCCAGAUAAUUAUUUGGGAAUUAGGGUUUUCACCCAUGAUUUUUGAUAAAUAGGGUGAUUUCAUUCUUGAAAUAGGGUGAAAUGAGAUAUAAAAAUGCAUACCAUAAAACCAGUGCCGCUUUACUUCUGUUGAAGCUGCACAAUUUUAUUGAUUCAAUACAACUGUUUCAACAUUUACUUUAAUAAACUGAUGUUUCAUAACAUCUUUAAUCCUUGAAACUGUGCAUAAUAUAAACGUUUAACUUAAAAAAAUGAUAACACGAAUGAAUCGACACUUAUGGGCUUUUGCUUUCUUGGUUUGAAAACGUUUGCGAUCGACUGAUAUUUUGGCGCAACAAUCGCGGACAUCUUUCGACCUCUCUUAGACUUUUUAUUUCGCAUCGUAAUAGAAGCUGAAAGUACAGACGCUUUACAAAGACAUGCACAAUGAACGACGGAUUAAGUCAGAUUUAAAACCCAUGUGUGUCGUCGUCAAUAAUUUGGUCAGACGCUUUAUUUAACAAUUAAAAUCUACACCGCAAAGUUUGGAUAACUUUGACUUUUCCUGCUCCGUCAUCCAGGCGCAUGCUGAAUGAAAGCGUCGCCGCAUUACAAUAUUUCCAAAGAGAAAAUACCGAUAAUGAGCAAAGCAUUUUCAAUCGAAGCUAUUGUAUUGUACGCAUCAAAUUUGACAAAUUUGCGUAUGAGUUAAACCUGUUGCGUUUUAAAUACGCAUGAUAUUGUGUUUCUUUGCGUUUUUAAGCAAUUUAAUAGGGUGAAAGACGCAGAUACGCAGCUUAUCUGGGGCACUGAUUUAAGCCUUGUGGACUCUCACAUCUUUCUAUACUGGAUCAAUUUAUUUCCAAAAUUAGGGAUUUCUAGUAUACUUAUUUCUAUAUUUAGAAUAUUCUUACAGAAAUUCCUUUAAGCAACCAGGGUAGACCCAGAUGAGACGCCGCAUGAUGCGGCGUCUCAUCUGGGUCUACGCUGUUUGCCAAGGCCUUUUUUCUAUACGUUAGGCAUAAAUGGGUUAAACCCAUGUAUUGAAGCAUGAUUGCAUCAACAGCCUAAGGCUUAUUGAGAUGCCCUCGAGUCACAUCAUGAUUUCAAGCUUAGUCUUUAAUUUAACCAAUCUAAAUAGUUUUAUCAGUUUUUAAUAACAUUAAUUUUUAUGUCCCCCACCACUAUUGUGGGGGACAUAUUGUUUUUGCCCUGUCUGUUGGUUUGUUGCUUUGUGUUUGUUUGUUUCCGUCAAACUUUAACAUUUGCCAUAACUUUUGCAAAAUGGAAGAUAGCAACUUCAUAUUUGGCAUGCAUGUGUAUCUCAUGGAGCUGCACAUUUUGAGUGGUGAAAGGUCAAGGCCAUCCUUCAAGGUCAAAGGUCAAAUAUAUGGGUCAAAAUCACUCAUUUAAUGUACACUUGCAAUAUUGAAGAUAGCAACUUGAUAUUUGGCAUGCAUGUGUAUCUCAUGAGGCUGCACAUUUUGAGUGGUGAAAGGUCAAGGUCAUCCUUCAAGGUCAAAGGUCAUUCAAAUAUAUGGGGACAUAGUGUUUCACAAACCCAUCUUGUUUAUAUUUAUUUUGAAGAAUAAGAUAUUCAUUCCUACUGGUUAAAAAAAUAGAUAAAUAAUAUUUUUUAUGUAAAUAUAUGUUUAUGUCCCCUAAGAAGGUCUUAAAUAGUUUUUACAGCUUGUGCUUUAAUUUUGUAGAGUAAGAUCUUUUAUUAUCGUUGUUUAAGAAAUUGGAUAAAUACUAUUUUUAAUUCUCGAACUACUUGUUUCAUACAAGCUCAAGACAACGAGCAUUAAUAUCGAAGCCCAUUGAUUUCAUGUUGAACUGCUGAGUAAAAGCUUGUAUGAACUCCUGUUAGUAAGCCCUGUGACAUGCAUAAACCUACACAUAAUGAAGUUUGCUUAUGUUAAAUCCAUACUUGUUGAAGUAAUGAAGUAUGUCCUUGUGAUCCCCAGUAUGUGGUAUAUAUUUACUAAUCAGAUUUUGUGAUUUUGUAACACUGUUUAGAAUCUUUUAUGGAGCCUUUUAAAAGAUGUAAUUAUU